AUGCCUACAUCCCUAAACAUUAAUACUCCAACAAAGACAAUUGACAUUUCGAAAAGGGGCGAAACACCAACAGAGGAUGAUGAUAUUAUAGAUUAUCAUCAUUCGAUAACUAGUCGAUCACCCAGUUCAACUCGUUCUAGUGCUUCCCCAACACAAUCAGGUAGCAAGGAUAGUAAUGAUGAAGACAAUGGAAACAAAAUCCAGACCACGGCCAUUCCCGCAUUGACACCAGAGUGGUACACUACGGUCUAUGGAAGUGAAAGUGGCAUUACACCUCAAAUGACUGCAUUAGGCGCUAUUCUUAUUGUCUUGGGUAUGUUUUUAUGUAUAAUGGGCUUCCGCAUGUUUAAACCAAUGCUGUUUGUCAUGGGACUAUUAACCUUCGGGUCAAUGACCUGGAUCGCACUAGCCAAUUGUAGACCAUCAAAUGGAUACCUUAAUGACCAUAUCACCAUGAUUGUGGUCCCUGCAGGGUUGGGUGUACUAGGAGCUGCGUUAUAUUUUCAUUUCUGGUACAUAACCAUUUACCUUGUUGGAGCUUUUGGUGGGCUUGCUCUUGCGUCCUUUGUUUGCACGUGGAAGAGUAACCUUGUGGUCGAACACUAUAUCGGUAGACCCUGUUUUUUAGCUGGCAUGGCACUGGCAGCGGGAAUCCUCACAUUUUUUUCCGCACGUCCUCUGGUGUUCUUUUCUACGUCGUUCGUAGGCGCUUAUUUUGUCAUGUUGGGUGUUGAUUGUCUAGCGAGAACAGGCUAUAUUGCUGGAGCUGAACUGCUGUACAAUCGCAACCCUUCCCAUUAUAUAGAAUACUCUUUAACAAAGUAUGUCUAUGUCUUAUUAGCCAUGACGAUUGUUUUAUUCUUUAUUUCUUUGGUAUGGCAAAUGCUUUACAAUGCUGCUCAUCAGCUUGGACUUCAUGUAAUAGCAGCAGUGAAAGGAACGACGGUAGAAGAAGAAGCAAAAGAAGAAGGGGACAUGCCUGCUUCUAUUCACCCCCCUCAUUCGCCUCCACCUCCCUCUCAUCUUCCUCCACCUUCUCAUGCACCAUCUGUUCAUCACACCUAA